AUGCUCUUCUUUUUCUCUCUUUCGUUUUCUUUCUUUAUUUGUUUUUUCGGUUUCUUUUUCUUUUGUCUAAUUAUUUGUCUUUUUCUUUCGUUUUUCUUUCUUUCUUUACCUUCAUCUCUUUCUUUCUUUCGUUUUUCUUUCAUUCUUUAUUUGAUUUUUCUUUUUUUUCCAUCUAUCUAUCUCUUUCUUUCUUUCUUUCUUUCUUUCCUUCUUUCUUUGCAUUUUCGGUUUCGUUCCCUUUGUCUACCUCUUUCUUUCUUUCUUUCUUUCUUUCUUUCUUUCUUUCUUUCUUCAUCCCAUUCUACACAUUUUCUUUCUUUCUUUCUUUCUUUCUUUCUUUCUUUCUUUCUUUCUUUCUUUCUUUCUUUGAUCUUGCGGUUUCUUUCCCUUGUCUACCUAUUUCUUUCUUCCUUUCUUUUCUUUCUUUCUUUCUUUCUUUCUUUCUUUCUUUCUUUCUUUCUUUCUUUCUUUCUUUCUUUGCUUUUUCGGUUUCUUUCCCUUAGUCUACCUCUUUUUCUUUCUUUCUUUCUUUCUUUCUUUCUUUCUUUCUUUCUUUGCUUUUUCGGUUUCUUUCCCUUUGUCUACCUUUUUCUUUCUUUCUUUUUUCUUUCUUUCUUUCUUUCUUUCUUUCUUUCUUCAUCCCAUUCCACACAUUUUCUUUCUUUCUUUCUUUCUUUCUUUCUUUCUUUCUUUCUUUCUUUCUUUUUUCUUUCCACACAUUUUCUUUCUUUCUUUCUUUCUUUCUUUCUUUCUUUCUUUCUUUCUUUCUUUCUUUCUUUCCACACAUUUUCUUUCUUUCUUUCUUUCUUUCUUUCUUUGCUUUUUCGGUUUCUUUCCCUUUGUCUACCUCUUUUUUUCUUUCUUUCUUUCUUUAUUUUUUCUUUCUUUCUUUGCUUUUUCGGUUUCUUUCCCUUUGUCUACCUCUUUCUUUCUUUCUUUCUUUCUUUCUUUCUUUCUUUCUUUCUUUCUUUCUUUAUUUUUUCUUUCUUUCUUUUCUUUUUCGGUUUCUUUCUCUUUGUCUACCUCUUUAUUUCUUUCUUUCUUUCUUUAUUUUUUCUUUCUUUCUUUGCUUUUUCGGUUUCUUUCCCUUUGUCUACCUCUUUCUUUCUUUCUUUCUUUCUUUCAUUGCUUUUUCGGCUUAUUUCCUAUUAUCUUUAUAUUCUUUCUUUGCGUUUAAUUCUUUCUUUCAUCUUUUUCCUUUAUAUUUAUUUACGUUCCCUUCCUUGUCUUCCUUUACUUUUCAAAACUUUCUUAAUUUCUUUUUUCGGCUUGUCUUUCCUUAAUUUUCCUGGUUUCUUUUUGAGCUUCUGUUUCUUCCAUGAGUCCCUCUGUGAAAUUUUUUCUUCCCCUUUCCCUCUUUUUCGUUUCUUCCUAUUUGGCAUGUUUUCAUUUCUUCCAUAUUCCUUGGUUUACUUUUCUUUCCUUUAUUUAUUGCCUUUUUCUAUUCAUUCAUUUGUCCUUUCUCUUUUAUCUUUCGGAUUCCUAUUGAGUCUUAAACUUAAUGUACAAAUUAAAUCUUUCUUCUUAUUCUUUCUUUGGAUUUCAUAUUUCUUUCAUUCACUUCACAUUUCCUUCCUUAGCCAAAACUGCACAAAGAAUUCCUUUAGGAAACACUUUCUCUUACCUUAUUUCCUUCCACGCUGUUCGCCAUUUUUCGCUUUCUUUCUUAGCUAUUCUUCCAUGUUUAACAUGAGGGUACUUUUUGAAUUCAAUAAUAUCUAUCUAUCUAUCUAUCUAUCUAUCUAUCUAUCUAUCUAUCUAUCUAUCUAUCUAUUCCAGUCUGUUCUUAUCUAA